GGUUGAAUUAGCUAGCUUUAUUUGUAAUUCAAUGUGUAAUUUAAAAGUGCAAGUGUUUUGGUAUAUGGUAAUAUGCUAAAAGUGCAAGCUGGAUAUUUAGCUAGUCAGUUUCUUACCCAGCUGGUGUUGAGACACAAAUGUCAUGCGACAGAUAGCUAGCCUGCUAGCUAAAAUAUUAAGGAUUGCUUGCUUGUACUGGCAUGCCACUGAUCAUGGACGAACUGACACAGUGCGGCUAGGCUAGCAGACUCCUGUAAGAACACAUUAGCAGGCGUCGCAGAUUGUCACUAUGGCAACUGGCGGAGCACCAUUUGACUCUACUGAUGAACAGGAGCUGGCAAACUGGACCUUAGGGAAUGGGAGUCUGGAUGACCGAUUGAACAAUAUGGACUGGGAUGUUCCACAGAAGAAAGCUAACAGGUCAUCAGAGAAAAACAAGAAAAAGUUUGGCGCGGUGGUGGAAAGUCGGCUGACCAAUGACAUCUCCCCGGAAUCCACCCCGGGGGCGGGGCGCCGACGGGCUCGUACCCCCCACUCGUUUCCCCGCUCCCAGUACAGCGCCCAGAUGUCUGUCCCCGAGCAGGCUGAGCUGGACCGCCUCAAACAGAGGAUCAACUUCACCGAUUUAGACGAGAGAAGCAUUGGAAGUGAUUCUCAAGGCCGGGCCACUGCUGCAAAUAACCAAAGGCAACUCUCUGAAAACAAAAAGGCCUUUAAUUUCCUGCCGCUGCACGUCAACACUAAUAAGAGCAGAGAGCUCGCUGCUUCAGCCUGCGGCGGUGAAGUUGCUAAGAGACAGAGCGCCGGUCGAGAUAUCUUGACCGGGGUCCCAGGCAAGGAUGCCCUGCACGCUGAGUGGUCAUCUCUGCUUGAGGACGGAACAGGAGAACCAGGCAUCGACAGCAGUCAGGUUGUCAGCAGGCUCGUUCAGAUUAGGGAGUAUAUCGCCAUGGCCUGCUGCAUGCCAGAUGACCUGGUGGAAAAAAACGAUAUCCCAGCCAAUGUUGAGCAUUUAGCACAUCUAAUAGACCAUCUAAAGGAGCAGGAAAAGUCCUGCUUGAAAUUUCUACAAAAGUUGUUGGCUCGAGAGAACGAGGAAGACGACAUUCGCACCAUCGACUCCGCGGUCGGGUCCGGCUCCGUGGCAGAGAGCACGUCUCUGAACAUAGAGGUGCAUUCCGAGGCCUCGGAUGCCACGGAGGCGUCUCACGCGGUGAGACCUCGGCCCCGCAUUGAGGACAGUCUAGGGAGGUCCGUGUCCCCAGAAGUGGGCUCGCUCUAUGACCUCACUGCGGCGGCAGCCCCCACUGGCGGGGGGGCCUGGCCUGAUAGGAUUGUUAGCCAGCGUCUGGGAAAGGGGCGGGACCUGCACGGCGAGGCGAAGGAGGAGCUGGAGAACCUGCGGAAGCAGCACGAGCUGCUGAAACACAUGCUGCUGCAGCAGGAGCAGCUGCGGGCGCUGCAGGGCAGACAGGCUGCGCUGCUGGCCAUGCAGCAGAAGGCCGAGCAGGCCAUCGCUGUCAUGGACGAGUCCGUCGUCACUGAAACUACAGGCAGUGUCUCUGGAAUCAGCAUCACGUCUGAGCUGAACGACGAGCUGAAUGACUUAAUCCAGCGGUUCCACAACCAGCUCCAUGACUCGCAGACGAAGGCGGUGCCGGACAACAGGCGACAGGCCCAAAGCCUGUCGCUCACGCGGGAGGUGGCCCGUAGCAGGGGCCCUCCUGGGGCCGACCCCGCCUCCCUCCCCUGCGCCGAAAUGGCCCAGCUGCAGGAGCUGCAGGACAAGAAGCAGACCAUGGACAAAAUCCUGCAGGAGCUCCACACCCUGAGAGACCACACUCUAAACAACAACUCCUGUCGGCUGACCCAGGCCCCGUCUCAGAGAAGCAGCUCUGGGCCAGUCCUCAGCAGAGGGGCCAACGGCCGCGGAGUGACCAGACUGGACCCCCCCGCCUCCCAGCACAGUCCCGAAACAGACUGCCACCCGGCCCAGAAACUCAGGAAGCUGAAGGAGGUCCAUAAGCGGCUGAACGAGCUGCGGGAGCUGGUGCAUUACUACGAGCAGACCUCGGACAUGAUGGUGGACACGGUCAACGAGAACGUCAAGGACGAGGACACCGAGGAGGACUCCAUCUUCGAGCCCAUGUUUGACUCUGAGCAGGAGAACAUGGAGCCCAUCACAAACCUACGAAACCCACAGCGUCCAGGGAACUGGAUGGACAUGAAUAGCCUGACCGGCGCCCACGGCAACGGAAACCAAGAUGGACGGCUAAACACGGAGCGCGAGAUAAACAACCGCUCGGCCGCCAACCUCAGGAGCUUGAAUAUCCCAUCCGCCAUCGAGUGUCAGUACAACCUGGACCGCUCCCGCGGUGAGGAGGGCGGGGAGAUGGAGGAGCGCCCCCGGGGCAGGGCGGGGGCGGCGGGAGGUGGGGGCAGCUCCGGGGACAGCCGCAGGAGCAGCCGGGAGGAGGACCCGGAGUUCCUGCAGAAGGUGCACCGGCUCCGCUCGGCCAAGGAGAAGCUCCGCCACCUGCAGCAGCUGGUCGCCAUGGUGCAGAGUGAUGACACGGACGACGCCACGGCUAACGCUUCCAGUGUCGCCGAUGACGACGGACCGAACCAGCAACCCAACAACAGGAGAGCCGCAGGCCCAAAGCCUCAGAAAGACCUGACUCUCACGGAGAAAGAAAGAGAGAAGUUCUACGAGGCGAAGCUGAAGCAGCAGCAGCAGGAGCUGAGGCAGCUCCAUGACGAGCGCCAGCAUCUGAUCAACAUCAAGGGCGAGAUCCAGGACCUGCGCUGGGCGUGUCCCGACCUGCAGCCUCCCGCGGCGGUUAGCCACGGCCCCGCGCCGACAGGCCACGCCCCUGCGGCCGCCUCCACGCCCGCCGUCAACGCCAGCGGAGCUGCGCUCAACCGCACCGUAGAGCCCACCGCCACGGCUGCCCCCGACAACAAGCUGUGGGCGGAGAUGCACAGACACCAGAUCCUGCGGGAACACCUGAGACAGAGGAGGAAGCACCUUGAAUCUUUAAUGGAGGAACACCAGAGACGCAAAGUGCUCAACGACUCCCCCCACGCCGGCCAGGGGACGCCGCAGGCCCCGGAGCACCCUGGGAGAGAUGAGAGGACGAUGGCUGCGUGGGGCGGGGCGUCGCCAGGGGUGCAUGACGAGUAUGAAGACGACGUGCUGUUGGAGGUGGGGCCUGAGCUGGAGGAAGAGGAGGAGGCGGACACGAGCUCCAGCGAAGACUUCCCCUCGUAUUCCAGCCGAAAGCGCAGGUCUCACAGCUCGAGGAAGUCACGAGACCGCUCCCUGCAGACCUCGGACCCGCGCUCGGCAAGCGGGAGCGCCCGGCCCUCCCCCAGGUCACGGCAGGAGGAGCAGGAGGAGCAGCAGCAGGAGGAGCGCAGCAUGAGCAGGAGGCGGCAGGAGAACCCGCGCUGGGCCUCGGAGCUGUCCUUCCUGGAGGAGAAACGCCACUGGCAGGAGCAGAUCUCCCAGCUCCAGAAGCAGCUGGACUUCAGCACCUCCAUGUGCCAGACCCUCAUGCAGGACCAGCAGGCCCUGUCCUACAUGCUCCCCUCCUUGAUGAGCGCCUCCUACAGCAUGCUGCCGAACAGCGUCGGAUCUCCGCCGGUGCACCUCGUCAUGCACCAGCUCAACCAGUGCUACGCGCAGUUGGCAUGGCAACAGAGCAACGUUCAAAGACUGAAGCAGGUGCUGACUGACCUGCAGAAGCAGCAGCAGUCUCAGCCGAUGGAACAAAGCCCAACUCAGGAUCCCAGUCCCACAUUCCCGCCUCUCCACUUACCUCCCCCGCUAAAUGCCCUCAACCUGCCCGGGCUCGGAAACUACUCCUAUCUGCCUCCCGGGUUUGGCUACAGCCCUGUGUUUCCCCCGGGCAUGGGGGAGUUCUACCAGAACCCUGGGGCCCAGGAUAACAGCUCGCCCCCGCAGGGCGAUGCUAACGGCGAGAGCGUCUGUUUCCCCCAGCCUUUCGAGAGCUCCAUGGGCAGCGGGGACAAACGGAACAGGAUGAAGAGCGAGGGCGGCAGCAACCCUGUGACCCCGGGCCCCGCGGACCCCAGCGAGCAGCCCCGGAGAGGCGGGGCCAGGCAGCAGCCUCCCAGAGUCCCCGGGGCCAGACAGACUGGCGGUGCGUUGAUGGGGAGCCUCAGUAGCGUCCCGGACCCCUCGGACCCCACCACCGUCACCAAGUCCUUCAGAUCCAAGAAGGCCUCUGCCCAGGCCCUCCUGGCCUCCAGAGACAAAACGCCCAAGGCCCAGACCCGCAGGAGGAGGGGCAAGACUCACGGCAGGAAGGCAGGGUGUGCUGUUCCAGGCCUGGAGAGUGACAGCGUGUCCAGCGUGAGCGACUACCACGGCAAAGACAAGGCUGUGCAGUCUCAGGGCAGGGAGAGCGAGCGUCCUGAGAAGAUCCUGGAGAAGCUCACUCAGGAGAAGCGCAGCAGCAAACCCCAGGUCAAAACCUCCAACGACCUCUCGUCCGCAUAUGCUUGGAGGACACCUUUCCUCUCUAACAGAAUUGCAUGCACUGAAGUACAAGACACCAGCAGUGAUUUCUCCCUCUUCGAGGCUCUGAGGGAGACCAUUUAUUCAGAGGUGGCGACUCUGAUCUCCCAGAACGAGUCCCGGCCGCACUUCCUCAUCGAGCUGUUCCACGAGCUGCAGCUGCUCAACACGGACUACCUGCGUCAGAGAGCGCUGUUCGCCUUACAGGACAUCGUGAGCAGACACUUGACGGAGAAGGAUGUGGGGGAGGAGCCGACGGCGUCUCUGAGCUCUGCGGCCUGGGCCGCCUCCAACUCCGAGCUCACGCCCAGCGAGAGCGUGGCCACCAGCGACGCAGAUGUUUCUGAAAAGAACAUGGCCAAGGCGCUCCACGUGAGCAAGAACCACAACGAUGACGGAGUCUCGCUGGACGACGAGAGCAUCCUGUCGACCUCGUCCAACCUGGACCCGUUCGCCAGCGAUGACCUGGGGAACACGGUGAUACACUUAGAUAAAGCCAUGGCUCGGAUGCGGGAGUACGAGCGCAUGAAGCUUAGCGACGCCGCCUCGGCCUCCUCCACCAUUCCCACCGCCGACCCCCGGGCCCCCGCCCCGCUGCCAGGUCCCCCAGAAGGCCAGGACAUCCUCGGGCAGAUGUUCUCCGGGGUCCGCUGCCCCCAGAUCGACACGCAGCAGCUGGACCGGCAGAUCAAAGCCAUCAUGUCCGAGGUCCUGCCUUUCUUACAGGAGCACAUGGAGGACGUCUGCUCCACCCAGCUCCUCACCACUAUCCGCCGCAUGGUGAUGCAGCUCACGCAGCAGAACGACGAGAGCAAGGAGUUCGUCCGCUUCUUCCACAAGCAGCUGGGAGGCAUUCUACAGGAGUCUCUGUCCAAGUUCUGUGGGAGGACGCUGAAGGAGUGUGGGGAGGAUCUGCUGGUGGCCAUUUCAGAAACCCUGUUCAACGAGCUGGCCUUCUUCCGCCUCAUGCAGGACUUCGACUGCGGAACAGCCGCUCCUCCCAAGAGGAAAUUCGGGAAGAGGGAGGGUGCCAUGAUGGCCAGAAGAUCUGCGCCUAUGACCAGGGAAAAUAAAUCACCGGAAGACCAGUCAUUCGCAGAAGGCUUUCAUGAUGAGGACAAAACGGAAAUCUGUGUGGUAUUGCAGGAUAAGGAUGACACGGAAAAGGGGAAUGUCACCAUCGAACCCGAGACAAAGGAGAGCCGGAGCAGCGACGCGUCCGAGAGAGAGGAAGAGGAGGAGGACGAUGAUGAUAGCGAAGGACUCCCCCUAUCAAUACGCCUGUCGAAGGCGGAGACCCAGCCUCUGACCAACUACGGCAGCGGGGAGGACGAGAACGAGGACGAGGAGCUGGAGGAGUUCCAGGCGGGGCCUGCGGACGUGCAGACCUCCCUGCAGGCCAGCAGCGACCUGGCCUCUCACCAGGAGCAGAAAACAAACGAGAUCCAGGAAGACGGAAGGCACAAGGGGAAGUUUGCCGAAGGGGCUACAGAAUGCUGUGAGGUGAGCAGCGCUCGGUCGGACUCAGCGGAGGGGCAGGAACAGAGCCGGCCCACAGCAGCUGCCCGCCCCGAAAACCACCCCCCCUGCCCGGGACCCAGCCAAUCGCAGCCGCUCUCCCCGGAGGCCACGCCCACCUGCAGCCCCGACACCGACUCGCCCGUCAUGAUCAAUGAGGAUGAGGUUGGCUCAGGAAAUUUAAGCCAGAAGUCUGACGAAGACGAUUUUGUCAAAGUGGAAGAUUUACCUUUACGACUCGCUGUCUUGUCAGAGGAGCGGCUUAAAAUGACCGCAGAAGAACAACAACAACCCAACAACGUGUCUCCAGACAAACCAGGAGGCAUUGUGGGAGAUUGUCAGACCGUUAAAGAAGCAGAAACGGCUGGGGCCCAAAGUGCAUGAUGACUUUGACGACUGUCGAAUCGACACUACGAACACGUGAUUCACGCUAAAAUGUAGGCACUGUAGAUAAUUAGCUGCUUUCUAACAAGUUACCCUUGAAGGGGAAAUAAAAAAUUCUCCUGUUACACUCCUCUGCUUUCUGGAGUCUGCGCUUGAAAGCCAACCUGAUGUCAAAUGUUUCAGAUGUGCUUGAACCUGCAAAGCUGUUCUGUUGGACUAAUGAAAAAUGAGCUGUAAAGUUCAUACCAUGUUACAGGUAUGAUUACCAGUAUAAUAAUAAUAAUAAAAAAUAUGAUUAGAAACUGCGGUUUGUUGCUGAGCGAAUUCAGUGAAAUGUUGCUCUAAACCCACGAUGGUGUUGAGAUCUCAUCACACACAGAGCAGGAGAGCACAGUGGAAGCGCCCUGCAUAGUUUAUUCAUCCGUCUGUAACUUCACACUGGUGCAUGAAGCUAUGCUUCACGUUUCUGCAACAUAAACGUACAUUUUAACAUCAACAUACCCUGUUCCCCGUUCCUGGGCCUGUUUUUACCCAUUAUUCCACCGUUUCUGUUGGAAUUUUGUUGAUUUUUAACUUUUUAAAGCAUGUUGUAAUUUUCUGUGGUGAGAUUUCUUUGGAGAUUAAUUGUAGCAUUACAUUUUAAUUUAAUGAUUAAUGAAUUAUUUAACAUGGCAAUCAGUUGGUGUCCAUUUUUGCCUUUUCAGUGAUUAAAAGCUUCUGAUUAUAUGAAUAAUCAGCCUUGAAAUGUGAAAUUACUUGUUGAGAAUGUUGUUGAUGCAUUGGGGAUUUCUGAUUUUAGAAGAUGAUUUCCGUGCUUUAUUGAGCCAGGUUCUUGCUUUGCUCAGCACAUGUUCACCUUGUAUGUACUGUACUUGCCUUUUAAUAAUUACCUUUUUAAAAAAUAAAUGAUUAAAUUAUA